AUGGCUUCCUCUCUCAGACUAACGACUUCUGCCCUCCGCUCGACUUCCCUUGCUGGGAAGCCCGCGGUGCAGUCUGCGGCCUUCAAUGGCUUGCGCUGCUACUCUUCCGGCAAGGCCAAGUCCCUGAAGGAAACCUUCGCCGACAAGAUCCCUGGUGAGAUUGAGAAGGUCAAGAAGCUCCGCAAGGAGUACGGCAACAAGGUCAUUGGAGAGGUCACUCUCGACCAGGCCUACGGUGGUGCCCGUGGCAUCAAGUGCCUCGUCUGGGAGGGUUCCGUCCUGGACUCCGAGGAGGGUAUCCGAUUCCGUGGCAAGACCAUCCCUGAGUGCCAGAAGCUCCUGCCUAAGGCCCCCGGUGGAGAGGAGCCCCUCCCCGAAGGUCUCUUCUGGCUUCUGCUGACCGGCGAGAUCCCCAGCGAGCAGCAAGUCCGCGAGCUGUCCGCUGAGUGGGCUGCUCGUUCCGAUGUCCCCAAGUUCAUUGAGGAGCUCAUCGACCGCUGCCCCAGCGACCUCCACCCCAUGGCCCAGUUCUCUCUGGCUGUCACUGCUCUCGAGCACGAGUCCUCCUUCGCCAAGGCCUACGCCAAGGGUAUCAACAAGAAGGAAUACUGGGGCUACACCUUCGAGGACUCGAUGGACCUGAUUGCCAAGCUGCCCACCAUCGCCGCCCGCAUCUACCGCAACGUCUUCAAGGACGGCAAGGUCGCUCCUGUCCAGAAGGACAAGGACUACGCCUUCAACCUGGCCAACCAGCUCGGAUUCGGCGACAACAAGGACUUCGUCGAGCUCAUGCGUCUGUACCUGACCAUCCACUCCGACCACGAGGGUGGUAACGUCAGCGCCCACACCACCCACCUGGUUGGUAGCGCUCUGAGCUCCCCCAUGCUCUCUCUGGCCGCCGGUCUCAACGGUCUGGCUGGUCCUCUCCACGGACUGGCCAACCAGGAGGUGCUCAACUGGCUCACCAAGAUGAAGAAGGCCAUUGGCAACGACCUCAGCGACGAUGCCAUCCGCAACUACCUGUGGUCGACCCUGAACGCCGGCCAGGUCGUUCCCGGAUACGGCCACGCCGUCCUCCGCAAGACUGACCCGCGUUACACUUCCCAGCGCGAGUUUGCUCUCCGCAAGCUGCCCGAUGACCCCAUGUUCAAGCUGGUCAGCCAGGUCUACAAGAUCGCUCCUGGCGUCCUGACCGAGCACGGCAAGACCAAGAACCCCUACCCCAACGUUGACGCUCACUCUGGUGUCCUGCUCCAGUACUACGGUCUCACCGAGGCCAACUACUACACCGUCCUGUUCGGUGUCUCCCGUGCUCUGGGAGUCCUGCCCCAGCUGAUCAUCGACCGUGCUCUUGGUGCCCCCAUUGAGCGCCCGAAGUCGUUCAGCACUGACGCCUACGCCAAGCUUGUUGGCGCCCAGCUGUAA